AUGAAUAUAGAGUAUAUUAGUGAAUUUAUUUUAUUUUUAGAACAAUCCCCACGCCCUGCACGUGUUUGUUGGAUGCUGUCCUGUUCUCGACAAUGUCUCAAAUUCCAUCCAAAAUCAAGAUCUGAUCUCGACGAGAAGGGGGUUAUCGGGAAAACCCAUUUUGUUCCUAGUUUGCCGAAGAGGGCCCGAGGUCAAUUAACAGGUAAUUGUUACGGUGAACCGAUGAUAGGUAUCGAACUCACAGGCUUGUACAUCUUGAAUUUCUGGCCACUACCCCCCUAUGCAUGCUUAAUCGUGCGUUGCAGCACAGACAAACGUGUGAAAAGGCAAAGACAGGGCAAAAAGGGCGAUCAGAGUUCUCCUUUCUGCAUGCAUGUCCGGCCUGUGUGCCAUACUCUACAUAUCGGCAGAAGUUUUUUGUCUUGUCCCUUCAAGCCUUCGCGCCCAGAUCACACACCAUUUUGGUAA